AUGUUUCUCUUGGCAACAAUCUCGCUGAUCAGCAUCCUACAGAUUUCCAGAGGCUCCCGAGACAUGCCACAACCUUAUGAAUCCGUCAAGAGUUUCUUUGGGGUGACAGGAAAGAACCUUCCUCGACAAGAAACGAUGCUGCUCAUUCGAAACGUGCUGUAUCGGGUCAAAUGUGAUCAAGCUGCUGCAGACUGCAAACAAUGUUUAAACGUGGAUUCUGUGUUCCGUUACCUCAAUCGGUCCGGAGAACAGUCUUUGGAAGAGUCCUCCUUCAAAAAGCUCUCCGUGAUCCUUGUAGUUUUCAUGACGGACGUCGGAAAGGAAUGCUCCCAGAGUCAAACGUCUAUAGAAAGUCGACAGCUGUCAACGUCCGAGCUGUACCGGAAGCUGACUAGAAACAAGCCUAAACUUUCAAAGAGCACCUUGGUUGAUAUUUUGAAGCAGAUCAGCCGGAAUUAUAGAUUUGGAUCUCUUGUUCUGGAUGAUGAUGGCUAUUUCAUACCUGAACGGAGUGAAGUGAUAGACUUUACAACAAACUUUAAGUGUUUUGGACCACAAGACUUGUAUAAAGAAAUGAAAGUUCCCAUGGGUUCUGAUCUGAAUGCAAGUGAAAUACCAUCUCUUGCAGGUUAUGUGGUUUGGAAUGUUCUCCAGGGUCAUUGUAUCAGCAUUGAUGAUAAGCCCUCUCCGUACUCCUUUUUGGCGGAUCUCUUCUCGCUGUACGGCGACAAAGCCAAGGCUAUGCUAGACCACGAAGAGUUUGAGAACCUUCUCGAAGCUCUGAAUCUCAAUUCCAAGACCUCCCCUCUGCCAAAACCAAAACCAACCAGGAAAUGGAAACGAGAUCUUCAUGGAUGCCAAACCACUGUGGAAAAUCUGUGUAGUACAAUGGGAAACAUGUCUGCCGCUUCAAACGAAACCAGCCUACAGGAGGCAUGUCCUGCAAGAAUUCGCGACUUCUUCUUUACAUUGUUGGAAGUGCAAGGAGAGGUUACCUACAAAACCACAACCCUUGGUCAAGCAUACGGAUUUGGAGCAUUGGCUGUAGGUGUUAUCAGUAUUUCACCACUAGGUGGUGUCGUCUUGUUGAAGCUCUCAUCGGCCAAGGCCAAAAGUUACAUCAUGUGUCUCCUGAUGGCUGUGGCUAUAGCAGCAUUAACCGGUGAUGCGGUUUUACACCUGCUACCCCAGGCACUCGGCAUAAAGCCGCGAGCAUCUGGUGGCGUUUUGGACGGGUUCCCCAUACGUUCAUACAUCCUGAAAAUGGCAGCCGUAUUGGGAAGCUUUUACACCUUCAUUGUGUUGCAGAUGGCCUUCGUACUCUUUGAGCGACGCAAUAUUUAUGAUGUAAACAUUUUUUGA